AUGCGAGCUUUAUUACCAAAUUCUCAAAAAGAUAGUGACAAUCUUUUAAUCAAAAUGAAGUCACUUCAAGAAAAUAUCCCACAUCUAAAGUCAUUAUACAGUGGUGCAGGUAGUGUUAUUACUCUUCCAAGAUUAUCAGAUAUACUCCGUAACUCUACUUUUAAAUCCUCUAUGGAAAAUGGUAGCUACACAUGGUCUGUAAAAGUUGAAAAGUUUGAAUAUAACCAAGAUAUUUUAGAAGAGACUAUUUGUGGUUUAAGAUUAAAUUCUGGUGAAAUCAAAGAACCAACACAACAGCAAACUUUUAAAGAUUAUCAAUUGUUACACUCGCUAUUAAAAUCAAUACAUAAGAGCCACAUAGAAUUAGUCAAAAUGUUCCACCAUGAUUUUUUAAAUGGAGUAUUAAAAAUCAAAAUCAAUCAAUCACUAAAUGAUGUUCAACUAAAAAAUGAUGAAUUAAAAUCAAAAAUUGAAGAGUGGAAAGAGUUAACAAAUUCACUUUCAAAUAGAACUAGACUAUUAUGA